GAAAACUAAAAUCUGUUUUCAACUACAAACUAAAUUUGGAAGAAGUGUUUAAUAUCAAUUAAAGUUUUUUUGGUGUAUCAUUAGUUCCUGUAGCCUUGCAGCAACUUCCGGGCGAAAGUCAAGCGACAGCCAGACCAAACACAAUGUGCAAAAUAAAACACGGAAGCUUGGCAACACCAGCAGCAGCAUCAGUUCCACGGCAGACCCAGACAUAAGCUUGGAACAAAAAAAAAAAAAAAAAUACAGGACCUGCGGCUUUCGAGACCCACGGAAGCGGAAGUGGCCGAAGCGAGGCCAUAAAGCGCACAACGUACAACAACAGCAUUCAGACGACAUUCCAAAACGUGAAUACAAACAAAAUGGACAUAGCCCAGGCGCUGGUAGCCAGUCUGGCGCACGCCCCCCUGGAUGGUAGUGGCAAUGGGAGUGGGAGUGGAGGCAACGACAGCGUCCUCCUGGCAACAGGAGCGAGCGCAGAGCAACACAACGCCAGCAUAGACGGCGGCAUGGUGCCGUAUGUGCCAGUGCUGGAUCGCCCCGAGACAUACAUUGUCACCGUGCUGUACACGCUCAUCUUCAUCGUGGGCGUGCUGGGCAACGGCACGCUGGUCAUCAUCUUCUUUCGACACCGCUCCAUGCGCAACAUACCCAACACCUACAUCCUCUCGCUGGCCCUGGCCGAUCUGCUAGUGAUUCUGGUGUGCGUGCCCGUGGCCACCAUUGUCUAUACGCAGGAAAGCUGGCCCUUUGAGCGGAACAUGUGCCGCAUCAGCGAGUUCUUCAAGGACAUCUCCAUUGGCGUGUCCGUGUUCACGCUGACCGCCCUCUCCGGCGAGCGUUACUGUGCCAUUGUGAAUCCCCUGCGGAAGCUCCAGACCAAGCCGCUUACUGUCUUCACCGCAGUCAUGAUCUGGAUCCUGGCCAUACUGCUGGGCAUGCCCUCGUUCCUGGUCUCCGACAUCAAGUCCUAUCCCGUGCUAACGGCCAAUGGCAACAUGACCAUCGAAGUGUGCUCCCCCUAUCGCGACCCGGAGUAUGCACAGUACAUGGUGGCGGCCAAGGCGUUCAUCUACUACCUUUUGCCGCUGUCCAUCAUCGGGGCGCUCUACAUCAUGAUGGCCAAGAGGCUCCACAUCAGCGCGCGCGAUAUGCCGGGCGAGCAGCAGAGUAUGCAGAGUCGCACCCAGGCCAGGGCCCGGCGUCAUGUGGCCCGCAUGGUGGUGGCCUUCGUGGUGGUCUUCUUCAUCUGCUUCUUCCCCUACCACGUCUUCGAGCUUUGGUAUCACUUUUACCCCACGGCCGAGGAGGACUUCGAUGACUUCUGGAACGUGCUGCGCAUCGUGGGAUUCUGCACGAGCUUCCUGAACUCUUGCGUAAACCCCGUGGCUCUUUACUGCGUUUCCGGGGUGUUCCGGCAGCACUUCAACCGCUACCUCUGCUGCAUCUGCGUCAAGCGGCAGCCGCACCUGCGGCAGCACUCCACGGCCACCGGCAUGAUGGACAACACCAGCGUGAUGUCGAUGCGACGCUCAACGUACGUGGGCGGAUGCGGAGCUGGAGGCAAUCUGCGGGCCUCCCUGCACAGGAACAGCAACCAAGGCGUAGGAGGAGGAGGAGCACUGGGAGGCGGAGCUGGGCGAGUGGGCAGCUUUCACAGGCAGGACUCAAUGCCACUGCAGCAUGGAAAUGGCCAUGGGGCGGCGGCUGGAGGCGGCACAGCCUCUGGAACUAGCUGCGGAUCAGCCGGACGGGCGGUGGCCGUGGGCGAGAAGAGGUGA